UCUGAUCUAAUAUUCCGAUUCAAGAGAGAAGGAUUAAUCGAUCCUUUGAACUCUGCCGGAAGCAGCAAAGAAGCGGGAAAUGGCGUCGCCGUUGAGCCCAGCGUUCGCAUACACGGUGGUGUACGUCAAAGACGUAGCAAAAUCCAUAGCUUUCUACUCUCAGGCGUUCGGUUACAGCGUCCGUCGCCUGGAGGAAAAUCACAAGUGGGGAGAGCUGGAGAGCGGGCAGACGACGAUCGCCUUCACGCCGGUGCACCAACACGAGACCGACGACAUAACCGGAGCGGUUCAGGCUCCCCGGUCGUACCAAGAGAGGAAUCCGGUCGAGAACGUACGUGAUUUGCAUGAUCAUCUGGCUUUGUGUGUUGAUCAGAGAGCUGUGGAGAAUGGAGCAGUGGCCGUCAGCCCGCCGGAGGAGAAGAAGUGGGGGCAGAAAGUUGGGUACGUGCGUGAUCUAGACGGGAUCGUCGUGAGAAUGGGAAGCUACGUGGGAAAAUCCAGGCAGUAGCUAGUGAAAUGAAAUGAAUAAAUUUAUGGGCUUCAAGAACGAGUGUUAUUUCCUUUUGUGAUAUAGAAUUAUAGAACAUAGAUGGAUGGAAGAAAAAUAAAAUUUGGACUUAUCCCAGAGUUGGGACUUGGGAGGAUAAAAAUAUAUACGUACGUACAGAUAAAGAGUGUUGGUAUUUUUUGAUAGCAUCGAGUGGCGGAUGGGAGAGCUUCGAGGGCAGAAUCUUUUGUUCUUACGAUGGAAAUCAAAGUACCGAGAUACCCUUAAAAACAUACGACUUAAUAGUAUUAAAGUUUGUAAGGGUACCAAGGUUGUCUAUCUAAUGCUUUGACCGAGUAUGUGCACUUGA